AUGGCUUUCUAGCAAGAAUAUAAGCUUGCAGAUUACUUUUCUGUAAUUGGAUUGGACGAGUAAUUGAACACUAUAGACUAAGUUCAAGAUGAUAAAAUGAUUGAGGAUCUUGAGAUAAUAGUAAUGCAGGAUGAAUAUACUAAGAUUAGUUAUAACUCGCAAGUGGAAAAAUGGAUUGACCUAGAUGGUUCAAAUAUGAUUUUUCUGAGAAUAAUUUAUGGAGCACAACGCCCCAUAACUGAUAUUAAUUUCUAUAGAAUUUAAAAUUAAAGUGGUCAUCCUAACAAAAUGAGACUUCCAGCGUAUUUGGAAAUAGAGCCGGUUCUGAUAAAGUAAUACGGAGAUCCAGAUGCUGAUUCUAAAUUUAGGAAGUUUAGGAAAAACAAUCCUGAUGGAGAUAAAAAGAAAGAGAUGCUUAUUUAUACAGGAGAUUUUGAUUUGACGCCAUACCUAGAAGGAGCUAAUGGAGCUUAAUCUGGUUCAAAUUUAUGUUUUUGUUAUACCAGAAAAAGGAAAAAUUAUCCAAUCUCAGAUGUUGAAAUAGUCUAGGGAGUAUCAGGCACCAAGGGGCCUGAUGAUAUUGAGUUUAAUCUAUAGCCUAGUCUAAAACAAAUUAACUACAAGUUAGGGAAAAAUAUCAAGAAUAGACUUUUAUGCUACAGAUAAACUAAAGUUCUAGACAGAUAUCCUUUUGAAGGAAGAGAUAGACUAUACUAUGAAUUUCCAGUCUCACUGAGUUAAUUUUGCUUUCCAUCAGGCAUUCAAUUUACCACUCAAAGAUCGCUUCCAUAAUAUUUUAGUUUCAUCUUAACGGACGCUUAAGGAUAACAUAUAUACGGUACUGCACUAACAUUUGAUGAGACUCUUCCACCAGAAUUAAAAAAUAAACUGAAAUAGAAUUACGUUUCAAAUGUUGAUAAGAUAUACUCUUAGAAAGCUAUUUGUGUCUUGUCUCAUUAUGCAUUCAUGGAUUCCUUUAAAGAAAUUUUGAAGCAGCUUUACAGGAUUUAUCUGUCCUCUAGCAAUUUACCUAUUGAAAGAUACAUAGUUAAUUUUAUGGAUGAAAUACCAGUACCAGAUAAGGGUAAUAUUCUAGUUUAGCAUGAAAUUGGAGAAAAAAAGAUUCAAUUUUUUAGACAUAUUGAUUAAUACCCUCCUUAUGCUUCAGUAAAUAUUUGUAUAAUAUUCAUUAAUUAAUAGAAAAAAGAUAUUGAAUUCUUGUUUAGAGCACUUGAUGCAGAAUAAGUCAUUGAUAUUUUCCUUGCCUUAUUGAUGGAGAAAAAGGUAUUGCUUAUAUCAGAACAUAAAGCUCUCCUGACGCAUUCUGCUAUAGCUCUGAUUUCAUUAUUAUUUCCAUUGAGGUGGAUUCAUGUCUUGAUUCCAAUAUUACCUAAAAAUAUGACUGAUGUCCUAGAUGCACCAGUACCAUUUUUGAUUGGUAUAGAGCCGUUUAUUAUUAGAGAUGAUGGCUUUGAAAUUCCGAAUGAGGUUUAUAGAGGUAAAAUAUUUUUGUUCAUUUAUUUAUCUUUAGUCGAUCUUGAUAAUGGUUCUAUAUCUCUUAGAGAUUCAAAACCUAAAUUGCCUAGCAAAGAAUUCAAAAUCCUAAGAUAAAGAUUAAUCAAGGCAACAGAGGGAAUAAUAAGACCAGAUCCAGUCUUAGAAUAGGUCGAUUAUGCCUUUGAGAUGAAAUCUUAUGAUCCCGAAGAAUAAUUUGAAUUCUAGCUUAAUGAAUAUGAAAUUAGGGAUGCCUUCCUAGAAUUUAUGUCUAGUUUGAUGUCAGGUUACACUAAAUUUCUUAAUACCCCUAAUGCUUAAAAAGAUGUAUUUUUUGACUCAAAGGAUUUCUUUGACUUUAAGAAAUUUAGAGCUGCUAAAGAUGCAACUAAAAAUGUGACUCUGAUCUAUAAAUUAACAGAGACAACUCUUUUUGCUAACUUUAUUGAGGCUAGAUCAUUUGGAAAGAGUGAUUAAGAUGAUCAAAUCAUGUAUUUUGAUGAGUAAUUUAUUCAAUAUUCAUAAUUCAUUAAUAGAUCACUAAAGCUUAAAAGAAACAAAAAGGUUUCAAUGCCUUUGAUAGUAAGACCUUUUACUGAAAAGAAAACAAUAAAAUCUUUAGCUCCAUGUGAAGAAGGAUUAGAACCAAAUUAAGUUUUUAAGCAUCAAACCUUUCCUAAAUUUGAUCUUAGUUACUUCUACCCUCCAAGGCAAGUACAAAACUAUAAUGAAGAAACUGGCUAUCUAAUAAAAUCAAUGGUUAGCAAUGAGUAGCUAAUGAAAAUGCAUGAUACUGAAUGGGCUAGAUAUUUGAAUGAAAUAAUCUACCUUUUGUGGUUCCAAAUUUUCUGCACAACUUUACCUAUGUACAGCAAUUAUUCAAAGGAAUUAAUAUAUUUCGCAAAAAAACUGCUAGAAUACAUUUAAAGAAAGCUAACUCCAAUGAGGGAUGCUGAGAUGAUUUAUAGAAGACUUUUUGAGGCUUGUGGAACUUGCAGACUUUAAGAUGAGAUUUAGGAUUUAUAUUUAGAUAUGAAAAAGAAUAAGAUUGAUCCAGAUAAGGUUACCUUUGGAACAUAUUACCAAGCAUUCUUGGUAAGUAAGAAGCACAACACAAAUUUCAACAAUGGAAUGGCAAUGGGCUCUAAUAAUAUGAGAUACCCAGUCCUCUAAUAAAAAGAAUCUUACCUAUAAUAUACUCCUGAGGAUUUUUAAUAAAAGCUUAAGGAAUUUGAAUUCAAAUAGAUAUAGAUAGAGGAGGAAAAAUAGAAUACUUUUAAGCAAAGAAAUUCAUUUGGCUACUUAAACAUGGCAAGAUCGGAAAGUGACUUUGCUGGAGAAGUUGAAACUUAGGUUGAAUCUUUAAGAACUUCACAAGUAAAAUUGAGUCAAAUUCUAGAGAACAGCAUAUACCUUGAAAUUGAAACAUUAUGCUAGCAAUGUGACAAACCAUUAAAAGAAGAAGAAAUACUCUCAGGUUUUUAAAAAAAUCUUAGCUCUUAUGUAAUAAAAUGCCCAAUUUGCAAAGAAAGUUACGUUCCAAAAUUCAAUGUAUAUUCUGAGUAUAAAACAGAUUUCUUAAAAGGAAGAGAUGGUAUGAGCAUAUAGAUGCUUUCACCAGUAACUCUUUACAAGGAAUAUAUUAACCUAGUCGAGCAUAAAGGAGAGUAAAUAGUUUUAAGGGACAAUUUUUUGAAAGAACAUAGGACAGUAUUUUGGAACAUAAUUCUAUACUUUAAAAUGAUGAGACUGCCAAUCUUUAUGCUUGAUCUUGAUUAUUCUUAACUUCACAUUAAAGUUAAUGUAAGUUAAGUAAAAAAGUAUCUGCCUAAUGAUAAGAAAAAGGUGAUUUCUACUUCAUCUCAAAACCAAUCCUCUUUCAAAGGAAAUAGCUAAAAAUUAGACUAAGAGAAGCUUAGAAAACUCGAAUCAUCUCCAGCUAGAUAAUCUAGCAUAAGUCGAAUGGCAAGCUCUGUAGCUGAUGUCUUCAAGAACUCAAUUAACAAAAAUAAUAAUGUUGGUAGCAAUAAUAAUGAAUUUGGUGAUAACUAAUCUGUUAACAACGAAAAUGAUCACUAGAGUGAAAAAAGAAGUUUAUCUAACUAUUUCAUGAGAAAGAAAGAUGGCAGUCAUAAAAGUGGAAGCGGAGCUGGCUCAGUAGUAACAUCUUUAAGUGAUCUUGAGCGAAUAGAAAAAAUAAUGACUACAGCUCAAUAUGCGAAUAAGAGCAUAGUAAAAUACUUUAGCAAACACUUAGAAGAAUUUCGAAGAGAAAUGCAGUCAUCUAAGGAGAUUAUUCUUUCAGAGCUAGUUACUUAAGGCAUUCCUGAAUAAAUGAACAGACAUGUUAACUUAAAUAUGAAUUCAGGAGCUAAUCCGUUGACAAAAAACUUCCAAGAAUGGUAGAAAAAUAAAUAACCAGUUACUGCAGAAGCCAUUAUAGACUCUAUAAAUUCUAGCAGACAUGGAGGAUCUUUUAACAUGCCUAAAGUUGGGCAAUAAGACAUUAGUUAGAGUAAUCAUUAGUUGAAUAGAUUAUCUAAUGCAUCAAACUCUAAAAAUAAUAAUGGCAUACCCAUUACACUCUCUAAUUAAUUGAGAAAUGAUUCCAGUUCGAGUCUUUCAUCUUCAAAUACACCAUUUAAAAGAAGCUUAGCUGAUAUACGUAAGUCAAAUUAAAGUAUAAAACAUUCUAUAGAGAGCAGAAAUAGUGAGAAGACGAGCAAUAAUAAACCAGUUCAAAACAUUUCGGGAUAAAAUUUUUUCAAGCCCCCGAAGGAUUAGAGAGAUGUUCAAAUCAUGCUGUAAAAUUAGAAAAAUCAGUAGUAGUCAUAAAACUAGCAUGUUGACCUUAAUAGAAGUCCAAAUUAACCAAUUAUCAAUUCUAAGAUGAAUAGUAAUCAUUAGCAAAACAGUUCCUCAAACUAUAAGAUGUGA